GCACUGUUUCACCGGCGUCACUUUGGAAGGCGCAUUUUUUUUGCGGACUUAUCAUUUAUUAAAAAAAAAUCGUAUCGUCAGCACGGCGGCUGCUGCAUAUGAAUAAAAUCGCGCCAGUGCGAAAGUAUUUUUCUCGAUAUAGAACUAGUGUUUUUUUUUCCCCCGUGCGAAGUUUUUAAAUUACAAACAAAAUGGGCAAGAAAUCCGACAAUCCUGAAACAUCCAGCAAGGGUUCCGAUGCGGAGGAGGAGGAGGAGGAAUACGCCGUGGAGAAGAUCAUCGACAGGCGGGUGCGCAAGGGAAAGGUUGAGUACUACCUUAAAUGGAAGGGCUACCCCGAAACGGAGAACACCUGGGAACCGGAGAGCAAUCUCGACUGUCAAGAUCUUAUCCAGCAGUACGAGCUGAGCCGAAAGGACGAGGAAAAAGCGGCAGCUUCCAAAAAGGAUCGUCCCAGCAGUAGCGCAAAGACCAAGGAAACCCCAGGACGCGUUAGCACAUCGGCUUCCUCAACAAGCAAGCGAAAGUCGGAAGAGCCAUCAGCACCGACUGGAAACAAAUCAAAACGCGCUGCAGAGGCGGAGCAGGACAGCGGCGAUUCCUUAUCGACCGGAUCCACAGGAUUCGAUCGCGGACUGGAGGCCGAGAAGAUCCUGGGCGCUUCCGACAACAAUGGUCGGCUGACAUUCCUUAUUCAGUUUAAAGGCGUCGACCAGGCCGAAAUGGUGCCCUCUUCAGUGGCCAACCAGAAAAUCCCGCAGAUGGUGAUUCACUUCUACGAGGAGCGACUGUCCUGGUACUCUGAUAACGAGGAUUAAAUUAGCUCCGAGGUUGCAGCAUUAAUAGAGCGGAAAAGAGCGUUCAUUCAUCAAACGAAAAAACCAACCACAUAGAUAUAUCUCUGGCCUCCCCGUAGGCGUUCACAAAACCCCCUCACAGCUCAUGAAGUACCGGACAACCUUUCUUCUUCUGUCUGGAAUUCAUGUUUGUAUUUAUGAUUUAAAUUUGUAAUGAAUAAACAAAAUUUUUUUCAGUUAAAGCUUA